AUGAGUUUUGCCCGGCACGUGGUGUGCGCCAUGUCGGGCGGCGUGGACAGCUCCGUGGCCGCCCUGCUGCUGCGGAGGAGAGGCUAUAAUGUGACCGGGGUGUUUAUGAAGAACUGGGACUCCCUGGAUGAGAAAGGAGUGUGCACUUCAGAGAGGGACUGUGAGGACGCCUACAGAGUGUGCCAGAGCCUGGACGUCCCCUUCCACCAUGUGUCCUAUGUCAAAGAGUACUGGCAUGAAGUGUUCAGUAAUCUGCUGAAAGAAUACGAGAAGGGCAGGACACCCAACCCAGACAUACUCUGCAACAAGCACAUCAAAUUCAACCAUUUCUACCAGUAUGCCAUCAACACGCUGGGUGCUGAUGCCGUAGCAACAGGUCACUACGCCAGGACGUCGCAGGAGGACGAGGACGUGUUCCAGCAGAGACACGUCGCUCCGCCCACCACGCUCUUCAGGGACCGCUUCGAAAUCAGAAACCCGGUGAGGUUGUAUAAGGGAGCAGACCUGUUCAAGGACCAAACCUUCUUCCUCAGUCAGAUUUCCCAGGACGCCCUGCGGCAUACCAUGUUCCCGCUGGCCGGACUCACCAAAGACUUUGUCAGAAAGAUCGCUGCGGAGGCCGGAUUUCACCACGUGCUCAAGAAGAAGGAGAGCAUGGGCAUCUGCUUCAUCGGAGAGAGAAACUUUGAGAACUUCAUUUUGGAGUAUCUAGAGGCUAAGCCGGGCAACUUUGUCUCCAUUGAAGAUGGGAAAAUCAUGGGCCAACAUAAAGGCUGGUUCACGCUGACGCUCGGCCAGCGGGCCAAGAUCGGCGGCCAGAGAGACCCGUGGUUUGUGGUGGACAAAGACGUCAACACUGGAGACGUGUUUGUGGGUCCAACCACCAAUCACCCGGCUCUGUUCCGCGACACGCUGCGGACGGACCGCUUCCACUGGAUCACGGUCGACCCGCCCCCCGAGCUCGCCAGGACCCAGAUGAUGGAGUGCCACUUCCGCUUCAUCCAUCAGAUGCCGCUCACUCCGUGCACUGUGACUCUGAACAUGGACGGCUCCGUGUGGGUCACGCUCUCCCAGCCAGUCAGAGCUCUCACACCUGGACAGUUUGCGGUGCUCUACAAAGGGGACGAGUGCCUGGGCAGCGGGAAGAUCGUGCGCCUGGGGCCCAGCGAGCACACACUCCAGCAGGGCCGGGAGCGAAUGCUGGCGGCUUCGCGGGACAAGGAGCAGCGAAGUCCCGAACCCGCCAGCUGAGAGACCCGCUGAGCUCACAGCCAGAGCCAGGGUCCAAAACAUUAGGUAGACCACACCGUUCAUGACAAGGGAUCGCUCUUAGAAAAGGCUCCCAUGUGACAUCACUCACCUUCAGGCGGUCAUAUUGGAGGUCAUCAUCUCUUGGACAACAAUGGUUGAUUGCAGCAUAAACAUAUCACUUACAGUUAACCGAGCACAGUAUCUUUUUAAGUAUCAACCGCAGUGUUUGUGGAUUAGAGACACUAAUAAUGAAAAGACAGUUUAGUGUGUCGCACAGUAACGGAAUGGAAAGAAAUCUACCCCAUCGAAUGAUUCACUUUUACUCAUAAUGUUAUUGAAUAGCCACCUCACAGCAAUACAUUUAGCGAUUAUUGUCACCCAGAUAAUUCUCCGCUGGAUCUCCACGAGUGUUGCUGGGAGAUUUCACAGGAGAGAACGCAGUGCCAAUAAAUACACACUUAUCGAGGUGGGAAAAAAAAAGUUUACACUCCACACACCAUCCAGUGGUGUGCAAACCUUCAUUUGCAGAUUUCUGCCGCUCAUCUGGCGCACGAGAACCAUUUGCUUUGUAGUCACAGAAAUGAAAAAAAAAAUAAAUAAAUAAGUAACACAGUCAUAGCUACACUGCAAAACCUAAGUAAGUCUUCAUUAGGAUGAAGAUGAGGAUUCCUCACCCUGAUGAAGACUUCAUUUCUAAGUGAUGAUGGGAGAUUUCCUCUCUGUUGUUGGCUGUGCAUUGCGGGAAGAUUGACAACUUGAAUUAAGGUGAUUGAACCCAGAACAUGAAAAAAGAGGUACUGUGAGCGCGGGUUGAAAAGAACAGAAACGUCAGUCUGUUCGGUGGACUUUGAAUCUACAUAGACAUAUGUAUGAUAAGCAGGCAGAUAUGUGUAAGGUGUAAUGGGCCAAUGAGAUUCUCAAUACACUUUAUUCAAGCUAAUUGCCAUAUAUGUGUCUACGUUUGAGAAUAACUAGCAGAUGUGUGACAUUCAAAAGUGGAGUCACUGCAACAGAAAAAGUAUUUAAACCUACAUUGUGCAUCCCUUGUUGGACAUCAGUGGUAAUUGUGGUAUUUGGAGGAUUUCCUCUCCAUGCAGACCUCAGUCUUAUUAUUUAUGGUCUCUAAACAAACUUGUCCUUUUUCUGAAGGACAAAGGGAAAGGUAGCCCAGGCUCCAGCAUUUUUUUUUUUUUUUUUUUUUUUUUUUGUGACACAGUAGGCGAGCUGUGAAGGACCUUGGGGAGGUGAGACACGCAAGAGAAUUUGAUUCUCGGCCAGCAGGGCUACCUGUUUCUCAGUAUGUGUGGGAUUCAGACUUUUCCUGGCUUUGUUCCUUCCCCUUUGACUCUGCUGCUGAUAGACUGUGACCCCUGCCUUAUGAACCUUUUAACACUGAUGCAAAUGUGUUUUUUUUUUUUAUUCCUUUGUCUCUCUCUUCUCUCCUUACCACAAUAAUGCAUUUUUUUACUAUUUCUCUGGUACUUUGCGACCUUCAAACUCCAGCCUCCUGUAGUGCUGACAUCUGGUGGGGAAGGCACAUCGGUUUAAGAAAAUGAGGUGUUAGAGAAUGAUAUAUUUUACUUUAUCCUUUUUUAACAGUCAGCAAGGUACAAUCAAAAGGAGAAGAGUGCAGUCUCCGCAAACCCUUUUUUUUUUUUUGUCAUUUUCCCUCUUGAUCGUCUGUAUUGCAGUUUAAGGGGAUCAAGCUGUUCACAUGAUCGUGAUCACUCUGAUCAGCUCAUUUGUUUUGAAUGUGUUGAGUGUUAGAUCUGCUUCCUCAGUCUUGAUAAUUAAUUUGUGCUGAGAUGAAAAACAAAAGUGAUAAUGUGACAAAAGACAGAAUGAAAGAAAAAAAAAACAGUUUUGCAGGACAGCUGAAUUGGA